AUGUGUAGUGAGGAUCCCGCCAACUUCGAAAAGGCCAUGGACACAGCGGGCUUCGGCAUAUUUAAUUUGCUUUUGCUAAUCGUUGCAUCUUUUGCGGCUUUUGCCUCUGUCUUUGAGACCACUACAAUGUCCUAUCUUUUGCCAGUUGCCGAGUGUGAUUUAAAAAUGACGCUUUUCGAUAAAGGUAUUUUAAAUGCAGCAACCUACGCGGGCAUGAUUACAUCGGCAAUUAUUUGGGGUUAUCUGGCAGACACACUUGGCAGAAGAAAAAUUUUGAUAUCCGGAUAUUUGGCUGAUGCUCUUUGUGUACUUAGCAGUUCUUUGACACAAAACUUUCAAAUGCUUGUCAUUUUUAAGUUCUUCGGUGGCUUUAUCGUAAAUGGACCUGGAGCUGUUCUUUUUACAUACUUAACUGAGAUGCAUGGGGCCAAGCAUCGUCCACGAGUUCUCAUGGUUGUGGGUAUGAUUAAUUCUGUGGCAACUCUGGUUUUACCAUUGAUAGCUUGGGCGAUUUUUCCAAGAGAUUGGGAUUUCGUUUUGUUUAAUACUCUCACAGUUCAUUCUUGGCAAAUAUUCUUGGUAGUAUGCGGCUUACCAAGCUUACUCAGCGGACUGGGCUUCAUUAUAUUACCUGAGAGUCCUAAGUUUCUCAUGUCCCAAGGGAGAAAUGCAGAAGCUCUACGUUCAUUCCAAAAGAUCUAUGCUAUUAAUAAGAGGAAACCUAGGCUCACCUACCCUAUCGAGGAACUGAUUGAGGAAGUACCCAACCGAACUUCCAGUGGAAACGAGCUUGUACUUACCGUCGAAAGCAAACCGGUUAAACCGAAAUAUAAACGUAAAUCAAAAACAUUUCCCCAAGCUCUUCAUGAAAGUAUGCAGCAGAUCAAACCCAUGUUCAAAAAACCAUUAUUGGGUCAUUCUAUUCACGUGUACGCUUUGCAAUUUUGUAUUUUUCUUGGUUUAAAUACCAUUCGACUUUGGCUACCUCAAUUAUUCGCAUCGAUCGGUGAAUACGAAGCUCUAGAUACCUCCAAUAAGGGCUCAGCGAAUCUGUGUACGAUUCUCGAGUACAGCGUGAAUAAAACAUCAAUGACUAAUGAUUUUAAAGACAAAUGCAGUGAACGACCGCAAGUUUCGAUGACGCUUUACACGAAUAAUAUAAUCGUUUCGGCAACCAGUUUUGUUGGAUACUGUUUGGCUGGUGUGAUUGUGAAAACCUUAGGAGCAAAAAGACUUUUAACGUUUGGACUUUUAAUAUCAGGUUUCUUUGGCAUAGGACUUUAUUGGUCUGUGAGUGGCCUAACUACGCUGAUUAUAUCGUCAGCAUUUCUGACAGUUACCAGCGUAUCAACAUCGUCGCUUUUGGGAAUUCUUAUUAACCUUUUUCCAACUGCUCUGAGGUAA